UGCGUGGCCCUGGCCCUGCAUUGCGAUGGUGACCGUGACUGCCCGGACGGCUCGGAUGAGGAGGGCUGUGCUGUGCCCCGGCCGCUGCUCUGCCGUGCGGGCGAGGUGAUGUGUCCCCACAGCAGGGAGUGUGUGCCAGACGCCUGGCGCUGCGAUGGUGCUGCUGACUGCGGGGACGGAACAGACGAGCAGGGCUGUCCCAGGGAGGGUGAGCUGUGUGGGGACUGGCAGUGGAGCUGCUCCCAUGGCCGUGAGUGCAUCCCUGAUGUCUGGCACUGUGAUGGAGAGAUUGACUGCACAGAUGGCAGCGACGAGGCUGACUGCUAUCGACUUGCUGAGGAUGGUCUGUCCUGCAUGGACAUAGAUGAGUGCACGGAAUGGGGCAAAGGAGCCUGCAGCCAGACGUGCCUCAAUGCCCCAGGGUCCUACAGCUGUGGCUGUCUCCCUGGCUAUCUGCUGGAGCCUGAUGGCCACUUCUGCAAACUCACUGGACCAGAGCCCGUGUUGCUGGUGGCUGUGCAGUCAGAGGUGUUGUCCUAUGGUCUGCGGAGUGGGCGUGAGAAGGUACUGCUGGCCACUGACAAGGAUCGAGUUGUCUUCUCACUUGACUAUGACUUGGUGGAGAAAAAAGUCUUCUGGAUGGACCUGGCUACAGAGAGCAUCCGCUGGCAGGACCUCAACUCGGGCAAGAAAGGCACAUUGGUGAAAGGAGUCAGAUCAGACUGUAUAGCAGUGGACUGGCUUGGGAGGAACCUGUACUGGACAGAUGGGGCAGCAGGGCAGGUACUGGCCACUCGCUUGGGGGCCACCUGGCAAGGGAUACCAGAGUACACUGUGGUGAUGGAUGGAGACCUGGACCAGCCCCACUCUCUGGUGCUUCAGCCUCUGGCAGGGAUGCUGUACUGGUCAGAGGUGGGGACCCACCCACGUCUCAUGAAGGCCGCUAUGGAUGGGAGUCGACAGCAUGUGCUGCUGGCCCAGGGGCUGGGCUGGCCCACAGCACUCGCCCUCGACCUCUCCACCCAGAGAAUCUUCUGGCUGGAUGAGAAGCUGGGCAGUAUCAGUUCUGCACAUCUAGAUGGCACCAGUGUGAAGGUCCUGAAGCUGGGCUGGAUCCAGAGCCCCUUCGCGGCAGCUGUGUGCGAGGGGCAGCUCUACUGGUCGGAGAGGAAGACAUGGUCUGUGCAGCAGGUGGACAAGGCCAGCGGCAAGAACAGGACCGUGCUGCUCAAGCGACAUGGGCAGCCCCAUGGCCUCCAGGUCUACCUGAAGGACCUGCCCACAACAGCUGGAUCCCAAGGGCUUCCCCCACACCGGGCCCUGCCCUUGGCCAAGGUGGGCCACCUGACAGCCAUCGACUAUGCAGUGAAAGACAAGAAAAGAGGUACCAUCAGCAGCAUUGAGCUGGACGGAUCCCACUUCCGUGUGGUGCGGGAAGGGCUGCAUGGUCUCUCACUCUUUGCCAUAGGAGAAGGCUUUCUGCUCUGGAGCACUACCUCAGCCAAUGGCUCCAGCAAGAUCUGGCAUAGUCACCUGGAGCGGGCUAAGAGCUGGUGGUUCCCCAUGGAGCAGGAACUGGUAGCCAUGAGGAUUUACAGCCAGUUCUCACAGGAAGGCACCAACAGCUGUGCAAAGGGCAAUGGGGGCUGUGCCCAGCUCUGCCUGCCCAACCCUGCAGGGCAGCAGUGCCGCUGUUCUGCUGGCUAUCACCUGGUGCGUGGGGCAGCAUGCACACCCACACUGUCCUGCCCAGCCCCACUCCAGGCCUGCCCUGACCUCCAGAGCUGCAUCUCGGGAGAGCAGGUCUGCGAUGGUCACCCGGACUGUGCUGACGGCUCCGAUGAGUCUGACUGCCCCUCUGUGGAGGUGGGGACACAGGUCCCCACAGCAGCACCAUCAGGAAUAUCCCAUGUGGAAGCACAGAAACCAGCGUCAUCCAUAGCUGCACCCCAGCCUCAGCAGCCCAGCCCCAGCCUGCCUGCAGUCCCUAGCCCCCGUGAGCAUGGAGAGCCCUUCCUGGUAGCUCCCAGCACCGAGGAGGUGCUAGGGGCUGUGCCGUGCAGCAGUGAGACAUGCAACCUGCGUGGGGAGUGUGCCAUUGAGGCUGGGCGAGUGACGUGCCACUGUGCACUGGGCUAUCACGGCGACUACUGCGAGGAGGCAGAGGUGCAGCCCCUUGCAGGACCUAUCACCCUGGGGGUGGCUGUGCUCCUGCUGCUCACUGCUGCUGCUGUGGGGGCCCUGGCAUACAUGCGGAGGCGGGAAAGGACCUCAAGCACUGCCUCUACCCGGGCACUGACCUUGUACCACCGUGAAAGUGACCCAGAGGAAGAGGAUGAGGAGGAUGAUGAGCUUCCCCCCAAGAGUGAUACGUUUGUGAAUGAAGCUUACGAUGGGAAAAAG